AUGCCUGAUACGGAAGCAGAGAAUGUGCCGGUCAAUGGUACCAUCAGCAUGAACAGCAACCUGAACCAAUAUCCCCAUAAUAGCUCCGCCGUUCCCUCAUCUGGCCAGAUGAUCAGCCCAGCGACAAUAUCCGUUUCAGAUGACCUGAAACAAGAUCUAGCUGCCAGCAACGUUAACAAUGCAAAAGGCGACGUCAAGUCCCAAAGCGUUCCUGCAAGACGCAAGCGACAGAGGAGAGAGAUAACCACCACUACAUCCUCCAAGGCCAGUCAAGCAGCACGAUUAUCGCCUCGUAUAACCCGCUCGCGCUCAUCCUCAUCUUCACCCCAAAUAACAAACAUGACGGCGUCACCGAAACCGGCGCCGCCCCGACGAAAACGAGCAAUACCUACCCAUUUACCCUCUGCCCCCAAGUCUCUCCUCCGCGACACGAUUCCAGCAAAUCUGAUUCUUCUCCUUGUGGGUGUGAACCCGGGAAUCCUAACUGGAACAACGGGGUAUGCCUACGCGCACCCCUCCAACCGCUUUUGGAAGCUCCUGUACUCGUCCGGGAUCACGAAAAUCCGUCAUCCGCCCUCGGACACCUAUAAGCUUCCAGAGCUGUACAACGUGGGGAAUACGAACCUCGUAGAACGGCCCACCCGCGACGCGAGCAUGCUCACUCAAGCUGAGCUUGACGCCGGUGUCCUCGCGCUAGAAGCCAAGGUGGCGGCGCAGCGGCCCGAGGUAGUGUGCCUGGUUGGCAAGGGUAUCUGGGAAGCUGUAUGGAGGGUGCGGCAUGGACGCGCGAUUCGCAAGCAAGAGUUCCGGUAUGGGUGGCAGGAUCAAACAGAGAAUAUGGGCCGCAUACCUGAUUCGGACUGGAGCGGCGCCCGGGUUUUUGUUGCCACCACGACGAGUGGGUUGGCUGCUGGGAUGACUAUGGCGCAGAAGGAAGCCGUGUGGGCUGAAUUGGGGACGUGGGUGGUUCAGAGAAGGAUUGAGAAGGGGCUAGCUUCACCUAAAGACUGA